ACUUCCCACCACGCCAUUUUGCUUCCGGGGGGCAAAUUCAACUUUACUCAGUGCUUUGCGUGAACCGCCGAUAUGCCGCCGUCUGGUGAUGGGUUCUCCGAAGCUGACGGCUGCUGCUCAUGCUGUUCCAGUGAGAGUAAUUGUUUACGCUAUAACGACAGUGGCUCCAGCGAUGUGUGUUCGCGUUCUAGAAGAUCCGAUCUUUCUCCGUCGUCAUUGAGCUCUUCGUCCUUGUUAAGUUUCGAUUCGAUUCCCUUGAAGGAUUGGGAUAAGCUGCGGAGAAUUAUUCUUGCUUCGGCCAAGGGCUUCACGAUAGGAGCUGGUCUUAAGGGUGGUCUUGCUCUGUUCUCCAUCUUAGGUCGAUUGCGACGAAGAGGGACACUAAACUCCCCGAGGAAGGAGGCGGCGGUAGCAAACAGAGAAGCAAUCGUUCUGGCUUUACAGGAAACACUGAGAUACGGCUUUUUUCUUGGAAGCUUUGCAGGAACAUUUGCGUCUGUGGAUGAGAUUAUAGUUGCUCUGGGAGGUCACCGUAGGACAGCAAGAUGGAGGGCUCUAUUGGCAGGGGCGAUUGCUGGCCCAUCCAUGCUUCUGACUGGCUUAGAGUCGCAACAUACAAGCUUGGCUAUUUACAUACUUAUGCGUGCUGCUGUCUUGGCAUCACGAUGUGGGAUUAAGAGCGAACGGUUUGGGGGAGUAUGUAAACCUCUCACAUGGAAGCACGGUGACAUAUUUCUUAUGUGUCUCUCCUCUUCACAGAUAUUGUCUUCUUACAUAUUAAAGCAAGAGAGUUUGCCUGCUUCAUAUAAGUCCUUUCUCAAUAAGCAUGGUGGAAAAGGUCCUGUUAUCCUACAAGGUGUGAAAGAGUUAGCAAGUGGCCUGCCUUUUACUAAUUUGGAAGCAAUAGAGAAACACUACAGGGCAAUGGGUGUUGAGAUGCAACUUGAUCCAGAUAUGAAAAUCCCCUGCUCGAUUGUUCAUGGGAAUCAGUCGUGUGGUGAGCAUGUUCUUUCUUUUCUCCUUCAAGCCUACAAAAGAGCAUUACCAGUUUAUCUGCCAGUUUAUCUGAUCCCUGCACUAUUAGUUCACAGACAAGGACUUUUAAAAAGCCCUAACACAAUAUUAGCCAAAGUUCUGUUUGGCACUGCAAGAUCAAGUUUGUUCCUGUCUAUGUAUUGCUCUACUGCCUGGAUGUGGACGUGCUUGCUCUUCAGGAUAUUCAAAAGGUGCAACAUUCCAAUGGUGGUCAUCGGAACGUUCCCAGCUGGGCUUGCAUUAGCCAUUGAGAAGAAAAGCAGGCGAAUAGAGAUAGCGUUGUACUGCCUAGCACGGGCCAUCGAGAGCUUCUUCUCAUGCAUGGCUGAUGCAGGAUACGUGCCGCAUUCGAGAAAGAUUAAGAGAGCUGACGUAGUGGUGUUCAGCUUGUCAACAGCCAUCAUAAUGCACUGCUACGCACAGGAGAGGGAAGUGUUUAGGUCCAAAUAUUUAAACGUCCUUGAUUGGGUGUUUGGUGUGCCUCCUCCUCCAGGGGAAAGCCCCCGCUGCUCAGACAACGGAAAAGCCAGCGGCAGCCCAUUGGGGUAUCCUGAAUUCGAAAGCACCCUGGAAAGCCAACACUAACACAAUUGACGUUACCUUCUCCAUUUUUCCCCUUUGGAUUCUUUCUUUUUGGGGGCUCGGCGCUGAUCGCGAUUCAUGAAUGAAUAAUAAAAGGAUGCUUUUAUGUAGCGUUGUGAUGUCGCUUAAGGAUUUAGUGCUGUGACACAGAGCCUUCGAGAAAUUUGUAUGAUUGAUUUCGUGGAGGACCGUGUCAACCAACCUCAACUAUUACUCAUUACUCCCUUCCCGGGGCUCCUGAUGGGGAGCGCAUCUGUAAUUUAACGUAUUUUUCUUGUGAUUACAUCGGAAAUUCAACAUUUCUUGUCGCUUCCAUUCUAUUUGAUUUGCGUUGCCUUUGCAAGUA